GCGGCUUGCUGCCACCUUCCAACUUGUCAUUUUUGCUUGCAAAUGUAAACAUCAUGGAAAGACUGGCUAAAAUUUUCAGUGUUUUCUCAUUAUUUUGUAUUUUUUUCGCAAAUUUAGUCGGCGGUAAUUUUGUGCACAAAAAGUUUGAAUAUAAAUAUUCGUUUAAACCGCCGUAUUUGGCCCAAAAAGACGGUUCGGUGCCCUUUUGGGAAUAUGGAGGCAAUGCUAUUGCAAGUUCCGAAAACGUAAGAUUAGCUCCCUCAUUGAAAAGUCAAAAGGGAGCAAUAUGGACCAAGAAUCCGUUGAGUUUUGAUUAUUGGGAAGCCGAUGUUUCGUUUAGGAUAAGCGGGAGAGGCAGAAUCGGUGCCGAUGGUUUGGCAUUUUGGUACGUCUCAAAGAAAGGCGAUUACGAUGGAGAAGUUUUCGGUUCCUCAGAUAAAUGGAAUGGACUUGGUAUCUUCUUCGAUUCUUUCGACAACGACAAUAAGCACAAUAAUCCUUAUAUUUACGCCAUUUUGAACGACGGCAAUACAUUAUUUGAUCAUCAUAAUGAUGGUACCACUCAACAAUUAGCCGGUUGUCUGAGAGAUUUCCGUAACAAACCAUUCCCGACAAGAGCGAAAAUUGAUUAUUACAACAAUGUUUUAACUUUAUUGUUCCAUAAUGGUAUGAGUAAUAAUGAGCAAGAUUACGAGCUAUGUUUCCGUGCCGAAAACGUUGUACUACCAAAAGGUGGAUACUUUGGAUUGUCAGCUGCUACUGGAGGAUUAGCAGACGAUCAUGAUGUGAUUCACUUUUUAACUAGUAGCUAUGGAGCACCAAGUACUACAUCUCCGGGUCAAGGUGGUUUAAAUGAAGAACAACAAAAAUUACAACAAGAAUAUACCGAUUAUCAAAAGAAACUUGAACUGCAAAAAGAGGAAUACAGGAAGGAACAUCCUAAUGAGAAAGAACCUGAAUUAGAGGAUUGGUAUGAAUCGGACAAUCAACGUGAAUUGAGGCAAAUUUUCCAAGGGCAAAAUCAAAUUUACGAAAUCAUUAAGGAAUUAAACCGAAAAUUGGAUGAAGUUGUUGGCAAACAAGAGCGAACUAUGAGUCUUGUUUCUCAACAAGCUGGUGCUAUUGGAAGCAACAUUCCUCCUCCACCACCUGGACAACAGCCUCCUGCAGGUGGUUAUGUAGAUAGCAUAAGAAGACACGAAGUCGAUGCCAUGUUCAAUAAUCAAAACCAAGUACAAACAGCUGUAGGGGAGUUGAGACAAUUUAUAUUGGAAGUUAAACAAAGAAUCGAUACAGUGAUUAAUAAUCAAGCGCGCGCCCCUACAGCUCAAGUACAGGCUGUAGGCUACGACACUCAGGCGCUGAUAAACGAAAUGAGAGAUGGCCUCAAUCAUGUCAAGACUAAUGUAGCUCAGGUAGCCAGUCAAUUGGGAACGCAAAGCAACUGUCCCAAUGUUAGUUGUGUAUCUGUGACCACUGUGUUGGUUAUUGUUGCUGUGCAACUGAUGAUUAUUUUAGGAUAUAAUAUUUACAGGGACAACAAGGACAGCCAAGCUAAGAAAUUCUAUUAAACAAAUUCAGGAAUUUGAUUGUUAUUCAUUUGGUAUCUUAACAAAAAAUAGGAAACAAUGCAAUUUAUAUUGAAAGUGUAUGCUGGAUGUUCAUUUUACAAAAGUAAAAUAGGUUUAGAUCAAAUCUUAAUUAUUAAUAUACAUAUAUUUUUUUUUUUCAAAUCUUGUGAUUCCUUUGAGUAUUUUGUGUGUAGAGAUAAUAUGCUUUCCUGAGCCUUAUUUUUAAAAAAAAUGAUUUCUUAUUGUGAUUGCAUUUAAUUUACAAAAAUAAAUUGUGUGGUGAUUUUUAGGAUACAAUUAAAUAAAUUUAAUUAAAAAAAAUUUAAAGCCUAUGAAAGACAUAUUUGAACUUCAAAAAUCGCUCUCUUAACACAGUUUUUUUAUUUUAUAUGAACUGAUGAUGGUCUUCCUAUGUUAAACUUUCCUAUUUAUUUACAUAGUUACAUAUUUCAUCCUAAAAGGUUGUAUAUUGUUUUAAAAUUUAUAUAUAUUUUUUAAAUGUUGGAUUUAGUGCUGGUUUAUUCAUUUUCGGAUAAACUGUCAGUAUGCAAUCUGACGGAUAAAAACGCAAUCUGUAAUCCCAUUGGUCGGUCAGUUAUCUGCCAACCAACAGAAUAAUAGAACAGUUAACUUAUCUUGCAGAUAGUUACCAGCAAGUUUAUCUGAAGAUGAAUAAAUGGGGCCUUAAGACUUAUUUUUUUAAUUAGUUUUUUUGAAUUCAUCAUUUUUUGUUUGUUAAUUAAUUAAAUUUAUUUUGUUAGAUAGUACAUACUUUUUUUUGUAAUUUAUUUAGGGAAAAUG